CUCACAUCCAGACGUCCCGGGCCUUGAUGGUGGUUUCCAUCCUGCUGGGUUUCCUGGGUUCGGUGGUCAGCGUUAUUGGCAUGAAGUGUACCAAAGUGGCGGAACAGAACCCCGUGGCCAAAAACUGGAUCGCGGUUUUAGGAGGCGUCCUUUUCCUCCUGGCCGGCCUGUGCACAGCUGGGGCCGUUUCGUGGUAUGCAUCCCGGGUGACGCACGACUUUUUCAAUCCCAGCACCCCCCUGAAUGCCAAGUACGAAUUCGGACCCGCUCUCUUUGUGGGCUGGUCGGCGGCCAGUUUGCUAAUCCUGGGGGGCAGCUUCCUCGGCUGCUCCUGCCCCAAACCGGAAGAAAGGAGAGGGCAGCAGUAUUACCGACAAUCACAACCGCCGACAACCGCAACGAGAGAGCUUCCCGUAAAAAGGGGUAACCAAUGCGUAUAAUCGACUCUCCGACGUGGGAAGCCCAAAGCGGGCUUAAAAUAAUUUGACCAAAAAUAAUAAUAAUAAUAAGCACCAUCCAGUUUUCCAACAUUCAGGCCGUCUCGUUUUUGGGAAAGCGAAAGGAAGAGAAGGAAAAGCACGUUUUGGUAGAAUAAAGUUGCUUUUUAACAUUAUUAUUAUUAUUGAUAUUAUUAUUAUUAUUACUAUUAUAUCGGGCGCCUGAUUCUG